UUUUUUUUUUUUUGUUUUUUAUAGGGUGUUAACUGUGUGUUAAUGUGAAUGUAACUGAGAUAAGAUAAAAAUAUAGUCAUUAGAUGUUUCUUCACAUUCUCUCUUUAACCUUGAAUUCAACCUUGAAAUGGGGCUUAUUGUUCAUAAAUAGGAGCAUUCCGAGAAUUGAACUCGGGAUCUCUCGCACCCUAAGCGAAAAUCAUACCACUAGACCAAAUGCGCUUGAUUGAGCAUGCUAAAAAGUAAUUUAUCCAAGGAAAGCAGGGUUGCGGGAGAACUUCCAAGGCAUACGUAAAAGUUAAUUAAAUAAUGAAACUUCUGCGAAGCAUCUUUCGAAAAGGAGAAACGGAAAAACUUUCGUCUUCCUUAACUUCUUCUUUUCUACACAUUUUCCAGCGAGAAAAGAGAAAAAAGCGCCAUAAAUUUCACUAACUUAAGCAAACAAUGCGAGCUAACUAAAACGCCAUCAACUAACAGAAACGGAGAGAUCUCCACCCUCCGAUAUUCCUAUUGAAACUCUCCACCAUCCGAUCAUGACAACAAGCAUCCAUGUCACCGCCCUGGACAGCGUCGUGAACGUGAACUCUCUCUUCACGCUCGCCGUGUUCAUCGGCCUAACCUGGAACCCUUAUGAUUCCAGCAGCACCCUCAUAAGCCCAGGCAGCCAAUGUUUCCCAAACGCAAAAAUCGCCGAAGACUUGAUAAGAUUCCACGUCUACUCCUUCAGCUCCUUCCUCUUCUCUAGCCUCGUCGCUUUAGCUCUCAAACAAGCAAUCAAGAUCUCCAAAUCUCAUGCUUUCAACGUCCAUAUUAGUUUCCAGGGCUCUGAGUUUUUGGAACAUGUUAAUGUUAAUAAGACAUUGCUUCGGAUCGGGAUGUUGGUUUCGGGUGCUGGGUCGGUUGCGGGAUGUGUGUUCUUGAUGUUGGCUUUGGUUAAUGUUGUUCAGAUAAAAGUUGGGACUUUGGCUAGUGGGAGUGGACAUGCGUUUGCUGCAGUUGUUCCUCUUGUUAUUUUGGUCCCGCUUGCCCUUUUGAUCUAUGUUUGUGUCGGGCUUUAUGCUUUUACUCGUUAAAGUUUUGGCCUUCUUCUUUUUGGAUUUUUUUGUUGUUGUAUGAUGUAGGUUGAAUUCUAGUGAGAUGAAGGGAAAAUAUUGGAAUAUUGAGAAUGUUGUAACUUGGGUUUUUUUUUUUUUUGGUUAAUUUUUUGUUGUUGUAUGAUCUUGGUG